AUGCAAUUGAAAUCAAUUUUGAUUGUCGUGAUCAUCGGGGCUAUCUACGUUCAUGAGACCGAAGCUGUGGCAAAACUCGCUCUUGUCAAGGCCAAAGUUGCCUUGGUCAAAGCACCACAUGUCAUUGCCAAAGUUUCCGUCGCCAAAGAAGUUUUAGCCAAAAAGAAGAUCGCUGCCGCCAAAACUCUUGCUGCUGUUAAGGCUUCCAAAGUGGCUGCACUUAGUGCUCUUACCGCUCCGUUCCGUGCUGCAAAGAGGACACUCGCAUUGAAAGUCGCUGGCGUCAAAGCAUUGAAAGCAAUCAAAGUGGCCAAAAUCGCCAAUACCGCUCUCAUUCUUAAGAAUUUGAAGAAGUCGCCAAUCAUCUUGCCAGUUCCAGUCGCAGUUCCACUCAAAGCUUUGCCAGUGCCAGUGCCAUUCCCUAAACCAGCUUUGCCAUCUUUGCCAAACUUCUUUAACAUUCCAUCUCCAUCACUCGGCGACUCAUUGGGACCAAUCCAAGGAAUCAUCUCUGGUGCACAAAAGGCCAUCAAAACUGCCGGCGCUGGCAUUCCAUUGCUCUCAUCAUUCACCCAAGGCUUCGGCAACUCUGAAUCCAAGGCACCAAAGGAUGUUCCAGCCAUCACACCACCACCUGUGUACCGUUUCGUGCCAGAAGUCGGUUUCACCAACUACAACAAAGUCAGCUACCAACCACCGGUUGAAGUUGAAGUACCAUCAGUCGUUUACUCAGCGCCAACUCCAAUCUAUGCACCAUCAGUCGUUCCAGUUGCACCAAUCCACACCCCAGCCAGUACUUAUGGCGUUCCAAACUAAGCAUUCAGUUGAAUUGAUAGUUAUCAAUUGCAUAUUGUAAUUCCUUCUCGUGUAUCUUAUUAGGGCAGAAAGUGACGAAUAACUCUAACUUAAAAAUAAUGUUCAUCAUCAACUUGUUGUUUAAACAAUCGUUAGACAUUU